CGGACCGCCAGUCGCGCCCCAGACGUCGAGCCAUGCAGGAGGACGCAGACUUCCCACCCGUGCUGGAGCUGAACGUGGGGGGAGUGUUCUACACGACGGCCCUCAGCACGCUCACCAAGCAGCCGGCGUCGCUGCUGGCGCUCGUGUUCACGGGCCAGGCUCCGGCGCCGCCGCGCGACGCCAAGGGCAAGUUCUUCCUGGACCGCGACGGCGUCUUGUUCCGCUACGUGCUCGACUUCCUGCGCAACGACGCGCUCGUGCUGCCCGAGAGCUUCCGGGAGCGCGCGCGGCUGCGGCAGGAGGCGGCGCACUUCCGGCUGCCGGCGCUGGAGGAGGCGGCGUCCCGCGGCGGCGGCGGGGGCGGCGAGGGGGGCAGACCCCAGGCCGCGUCCUCCGCCGCCCGCCCGCCGGGCUACAUCACCGUCGGCUACCGCGGCAGCUUCGCGUUCGGCCGCGACGGCCUGGCCGACGUCAAGUUCCGCAAGCUGUCGCGCAUCCUGGUGUGCGGCCGCGUGGCGCUGUGCCGCGACGUGUUCGGCGAGACGCUGAACGAGUCGCGCGACCCCGACCACGGCCUCACCGACCGCUACACGUCGCGCUUCUUCCUCAAGCACACCUUCAUCGAGCAGGCCUUCGACAUGCUGCAGGAGCAAGGCUUCCGGCUGGCCGGCAGCUGCGGCUCCGGCACGGCUGGGGGGCCCGCGGCGGAGCUCAAGCCGGGGGUGGACUCCGAGGAGAACCGCUGGAACCACUACAACGAGUUCGUGUUCGUGCGCGAGUAGGAUCCCCAUCCCCUCCCCUCCCCCUUCUCCCUCGCCAUCCCGAGCUGGGGGACACGUGACUCGUCUCGACAACCACACUGAAAGAAAUUUUUGUAUAUUUUACAAGGAAAAUCCUUGGAAACCCUGUUGCCAAGGAUAUUACUUGUAAAACUACAAGGCAGAGCUUUGUACCAUGUGCGAUUUUGCAAGGCUCUGCCUUGUAGUUUUGCAAGAAAUAUCCUUGGCAACAGGGUUUCCAAGAAUUUCCCUUGUAAAAGUACAAAUUUUUUUUUAGAGUGCACCCAGACUAGUGAUGACUAGAGACCAGGGAAAAAAUUCUGCGGGAUUCAUUUCGUGAUGGGCUGAAAUUCAAACAUGUGUGUACAAUUCUGCUGGUUCUGCCAAUUGGCUCGCGGUUUGACUGGAGCUCUCUCCGGGGCCAAUGAGAGACUAUCGACCCAAAGAAGCGUCGAAUCACGAGCUACCCCAUAGCGGAGACGACUCGCGAGUUAGUAACCGAUGAACACGCGUGUUUGGCUUGAGAAGUGCAGAGGAUGAUGGAGUCCAUCCUAGAGGUCAUUGAAUCCGCGGAAUUUUUUCCGGUCCCUAGUGAUGACCGACCGACUGACGUAUACUGUCGAUUAUUAACCGUCUUUUACUGCACGUAUAUGCAGAAUAAAAUUGACAGCUGACAGAAAUACUCAAAAACUGUUAACUCUUUACGUGUAAUCUACAUAUUGUUAAUCAGAAACGAAUGUUUUUUUUAUUAUAUAUCUUUUUUUUUGUAACUUUGUCAGUCAAUGUACAGGACAUAUAUAUAAUACUUCAUAUGUAUCUGGCCAUCCGAUUAACUUUCAGAAAUGACGCACCCAGGACCCUCGAGGACAUGACCUGACUUAGACCAUUGGCACUGCUUUUUUGAUGAAAGAGUAGAGUUCGAGACGAGUUACGUGACACGGACUACGUAUAGCAGCGACGAAACUGCAGUACCAGCCACAGAAAGAUCCUUAUUCGUAACAUUCUGAACCAUAGGUUUCAUGUGAUAGCUGCUCCCUGCAGUAUAACAGCAGUAUAUAUGGGAUCUGGGUUGCCCGAAUGGUACUCGGAAUCAUUGCAGUUUUCACAGCGCAGUCAGC